AGAGAGCAUUUGAACCUGUUUCACUCAGCAGAAAUCACCACGCACGCUCUAUCCCCACUAUUGAACAUCACCAUAUCAGCGCGAGCCCAGUGGAAUGGGACAGAAGUCAACGCUGCGCACUCCAGACCAUAUACACCCGGUCAGACUAAUAUGCGAUAGCCUAUACCUAUUGACCAAGCUUUUAACAUUUUUCUUUAUUCACCAUAGCACAACAUAUUUGAAUAUAUUACUAGGCCUGGGCUACGAUUGUGAAUUUGACAGACCGCGUUUUGAUCCUAAAGGAUGGCUGAAGCAGAACUACAGGCGUUUACGUCUAUGAUGGACGCACUCGUUCAAAUCAGCUCUAACAUGAAGAGUAUGGAGCGGGAGCUGCAUUGCCCAGUGUGUACUGAGAUGGUGAAGCAGCCCAUCAUCCUGCCGUGCCAGCACAGUGUGUGUCUGCUGUGUGCUGCUGAGGUGUUAAUCCAGAGAGGAUACCCUCCCCCAGACCUCCCCCCAGAGCCCAACUCCCCGGCCGCCUCCCCCAACACACGCUCCCCGCGCGGGGCACGCAGACCCCUGCCCAAGACCACCGACCGCCUGGACCGCGUCCUCAGACCAGGUUUUGGGACGUACCCUGGGCGUCGUCGUAAGGACAUGUCUCCUGCCCCCAUGCUGUUCCCCUGUCCGUCCUGUCACAAAGAGGUGGAGCUGGGGGAGAGAGGACUGACCGAUUGCCUCAGGAAUCUCACCUUGGAACGCAUCGUAGAGAGGUACAGACACACAGUGAGCCUGGGCAGCGUGGCUAUAAUGUGUGGCUUCUGUAAGGCUCCUCAGUCCUUGGAGGCCACUAAGGGCUGUGCUGACUGCAGGUCCAACUUCUGCAACGAGUGUUUCAAGCUCUACCACCCCUGGGGUACGCUCCGCUCCCAGCACGAACACAUACUGCCCACCAACAACUUCAGACCCAAGGUCCUAACAUGUCUGGAGCAUGAGCAGGAGAGGUUGUUGUGGUACUGUCGCUCCUGCCAGAGGCUGCUGUGUCCGCUCUGUAAGCUCCGCAGAGUCCACCACGGCCACAAGGUGGCGCCCAUCGCACAGGCCUGCCAGGCACUAAAGGACAAAAUCACCAAGGAGAUCAACUACAUUCUGGCCAAUCAGGACACAGUAAAGGCUCAGAUAACUCAGCUGGAGAGUGCCAUCACACAUAUGGAGUUGAACAGUGUGUUGGCGAGGGAGCAGUUGUCCCAGUCUGUGAGGGAGCUGGGGGCGUCUCUAGCUGAGCGACAGGGAGCGUUGACCCUGGCCCUGGAGGGGGCCCGGCUGAGGAGGGGGGAGGCCCUGUUGGCCCAGGUGUCUGAGAGGAGGGGUCUGCAGGAGCACGGCGGGUUAAUGGCCUACACACAGGAGCUGCUCAAAGAGACCGACCAACCCUGCUUCGUACAGGCCGCACGAAUCACCCACAACAGGCUGGUGAAAGCGAUAGAGAAUUUGCAGUGUUUCUCUCUCUCGGCUGAUCCCUCCUUCAGACACUUCCACAUGGACGCCUCCAGAGAACUGAAAGUCAUCAGCAACAUGGAAUACAUAAGAGCCCCAUUGGCUCCUGUGAUUGACACUCAGCGGACGCUGGCCUAUGACCAGCUGUUCCUGUGCUGGCGACUCCCCCAGGACUCCGCCCCUGCCUGGCACUUCUCCGUCGAGUUCCAGCAGCGAAUGGGAUUGACCGAGGCAGGCUGGGGAGGAGAGGUCAGGAGUCCCAAUGCUCCAGUGGCGUGGCAACGCCUGGAGGAGGUGGGCGGGACUAGUGCUGUGAUUGACAGGCUGGAGAUGGACAGUGUGUACGUGCUAAGGGUGAAAGGAAGCAAUAAGGCAGGGUUUGGAGAGUACAGCGAAGAGGUUUACCUGCACACACCACCUGCACCAGUGUUGUGUUUCUCUCUGGACUCUCGCUGGGGUUUGCAUGCUGACCGACUGGCGCUGGGUAAAGGACAGACGUAUGCCCGCAGCGUGCCUGGCCUCUCCCUUCUGCAGGCCGCCGACCGCUCCCUCACUUCCUGUCACCUGACCUCUGACCUCCUCAUAGGCGACCUGGCAAUCACUCAGGGAAGGCACUACUGGGCAUGCUCGGUGGAGCCCGGCUCCUACCUGGUCAAGGUGGGAGUUGGACAGGAGGCCAAGCUCCAGGAGUGGUUCCACCUUCCCCAGGACAUGGCCAGCCCCCGCUAUGACCCAGACAGUGGCCAUGACAGUGGGGCUGACGAUUCCCCAGACUCCUCCCCUCCCUUCUGCUUCCUCACCAUGGGCAUGGGAAAGGUCCUCUUACCCCAGGGGGCAGCAAACUUACACCACAGUACCCAUGGGAACAACCAUGGCCCCCCUACUGCCCCCCUACCCCCGCGCCUGGGGGUUUGUCUGGACUUCGAAAAGGGGCGGGUCACAUUUUACGAUGCCCACUCGCUGCGCACCCUGUGGGAGGGGCAUGUGGAUUGCUCUGCCCCUGUGUGCCCGGCCUUUUGUUUCAUUGGUGGAGGGGCACUGCAGCUGCAGGAGCUGGUGGCCAAUCGGAGCAUAGAGGAGCCACCGCACAGAAGGGUCACCAUCCAAUCACGCGCCACCAAUUUAGGUAACUGAAGAAGUAUGGAGUGAAUGAUGUGGAAAGAACCUUUAUCAACUUGAUGUUUACUUUUUUAUGUAUAGGUUUCAUUUGUAAUGUCUGCAACUGUUGAUGUACAUUAUGCAGAAUAGAAGAAUGUCAAUGUCCCGGAAUCCAGUGGAUUGUAAGUGUUCUGCAGGUUACAUCAGGAUAUGUGUAUUCUGGUGUGAUUCCAACUGUUGCUGUUGCUGUGUUGCAUCUGAAAAGGACUCAUGAGUGGGACUUUAACUGGUAAAGGACUCAUGAGUGGGACUUUAACUGUAAAGGACUCAUGAGUGGGACUUUAACUGUAAAGGACUCAUGAGUGGGACUUUAACUGUUAAAUGACUCAUGAGUGGGACGUUUACUGUUAAAGAACUCAUGAGUGGGAUGUUAACUGUUAAAUGACUCGUGAGUGGGGUGUUUAUUGUUAAAUGACUCAUGAGUGGGACGUUUAUUGUUAAAUGACUCAUGAGUGGGACGUUUAUUGUUAAAUGACUCAUGAGUGGGACGUUAACUGUUAAAUGACUCAUGAGUGGGACGUUUAUUGUUAAAGGACUCAUGAGUGGGACGUUUACUGUUAAAGGACUCAUGAGUGGGACGUUUACUGUUAAAGGACUCAUGAGUGGGACAUUUAUUGUUAAAGGGCUCAUGAGUGGGACGUUAACUGUUAAAGGACUCAUGAGUGGGACGUUUACUGUUAAAGAACUCAUGAGUGGGAUGUUAACUGUUAAAUGACUCAUGAGUGGGAUGUUUACUGUUAAAUGACUCAUGAGUGGGACUUUAACUGUUAAAGGACUCAUGAGUGGGACGUUUAUUGUUAAAUGACUCAUGAGUGGGACGUUAACUGUUAAAGGACUCAUGAGUGGGACGUUAACUGUUAAAGGACUCAUGAGUGGGACUUUAACUGUAAAGGACUCAUGAGUGGGAUGUUAACUGUUAAAUGACUCAUGAGUGGGAUGUUUAUUGUUAAAUGACUCAUGAGUGGGAUGUUAACUGUUAAAUGACUCAUGAGUGGGAUGUUAACUGUUAAAUGACUCAUGAGUGGGACUUUAACUGUUAAAGGAUUCAUGAGUGGGAUGUUUACUGUUAAAUGACUCAUGAGUGGGAUGUUAACUGUUAAAUGGCUCAUGAGUGGGAUGUUAACUGUUAAAUGACUCAUGAGUGGGAUGUUAACUGUUAAAUGGGUCAUGAGUGGGAUGUUAACUGUUAAAUGACUCAUGAGUGGGACUUUAACUGUUAAAGGAUUCAUGAGUGGGAUGUUUACUGUUAAAUGACUCAUGAGUGGGAUGUUAACUGUUAAAUGGCUCAUGAGUGGGAUGUUAACUGUUAAAUGACUCAUGAGUGGACGUUAUCUGUUAGGAUUCAUGUUAGCUGCACUUCACAUAGAUCUUAUUGUUUGAAACCAAACCAAAAUGCUCACAUUGUGGAAGAUUCUCUCAUAAGCUUCAAACAUGUAUUACAAAUCAAGAGGGUAUAAAUAUCUAGUCUAUAUUUUGAGACAAAAUAGAGAUGAAUGGGAUUUACACAUUAUGGAUAGAAAGGAUUUUGCGUAAAUCAUGUGUUGAUGUCAGUGGGAAGAUUUAGGAUGUGUGUGUAUUCAUCUGAAUUAAAAUUAUAAUACUUAUUUUAUCAUUCUCAUCUGAGCUGGCUGAAUAUUUAUACUGUUUUAUAGCUUUUUUAUUCAUUGCUUUUAUGAUUAUUAUGACUGGCAAUAAAACAUUUUUACUCAACAGAUUAUUGCUAAAAAGUUAGAUCUUUCAGGGUCGAGGCUCAGACUGUCAGUAUUCAUACAGUAUAUUGAAUGUGUGUGUGUGUGUGUGAGAGUGUGUAUAUUUACUUGAAUGCAUGUGUGUACGUGUGUGUGAGAGAGAGAGUGAGAGACAGAGAGAGAGGGAGAU